AAACAAAAAAAAACCUUAGGACUGCACUAGAAACUGAAGAGGAAAAGUUAUCCUCUUUAUUUCCGUACAUCAAUCAACCUACUCGGCGUCUUGCUACCUACAGCCAAUCAUCCAUCCACAUCCAACUCAGCAUCGGUUUGUUUCUACGUGCAGCCUUUUCUCGAUUGCAAUCACAUCCAUUCGUUCUACCUGUAAAAAUGGCUCCAGCAGUCCUGUCGGCCAUGCCCAAUCGACCUUACCGAGUCAGUUCUCGUGCCGCCCUGACCUCACCAAGUUUACCUCUUACACCGGCCAACGCCAGCCCGUCCAACUGGGCCCCAUCUCUUCACCCUAGAUCAAUGGCCUCCCAGGCGUCGAUGGACAUUUCUAGAGGUGAACAACCCCCGCGAACUCCAAAGCUUUCUACCCAGUUAUCUCAUCCUCAGACGGAACAGUCCAAUGCUGGACCCCAAUUACCUCAAUUGCUGCCUUCCAAACCUGCCGCUGCUCCCAAUCGAGGCGUGUAUAACAAGCUCAAGAGCGUCCGGUCAUUCUUCAGGCGAAAUACGACCGAAAGCGAAGAUGAAUCCGACGGAUUUGAUACCGGAAGGGGCGCUGACCCGUCAACAAUUUCUGAACCCGGAUACAGCUCGUCGAAACUGAGCCGUCCCAGAGCCUUACAGCCUUCACCAAACAUCGGCAACGCUUCCCAUCACAGAGCCACCCCAUCUCCCACUCCUACUGAGUCCUUCGUUCGCCCAAGAGCAAGCUCUUCCAAAGCAAGGCCGCUCGGGAUGACGAAUGAUCUUAGCAAGCAGUUCAAUCGGGUGACCCAAUAUGUGGAAUCUAAGCCUCAAGCUCUCCCGCUGCAGAGGCUACUAUCUCCCAAUCCUCACUCCGCCUCUCAGAGUGUCUUUUCAUUGGAUAUUCAAAGCCCUACUAGUCCCUGCGCUUCACAUGAUGACUCAACCCCCACCAGAAAACAACACCGACCAAGUAGACCCCAGAAAUCUUUCGAUCUCGCUAGAACCACACUUCAUCCAGAUGCCAAUCAAGUCACUCCCAAGCCGAGCUUCAGCGCACCCAGAGUUCCGAACCCCUCGCAGAAUUAUUCGAAACAAGCCGCCAUCAGAUCUCACAAAGCACAGUCAACCGAAGACAGCCCGGACAAAACUCUAGAGGAUCAUCAUACCCGUUCAACCGUCAGGCGAAGAAGUAGGAGUCCAUCAUCAACCCACCCGGCCCAACAAGAUGGCGAUACCUACUCCGGAGACGACGCCAGCGGAGAGAUUGGGAGAUCGGAGUACAGCCGAAGUGUCGAUGAUCUGACGACUGAAUCUUUUGAAAUCAAUGUGGCCCAAGAGCUGAAGCCGGCCGCGGCAUGCAAGCUUAUCCUGACUGAGCCGGGGAACUCGUCACUUGCUAUCAGUCGAGGCGCGAGCAGCGCCGGAAGCUCGGUGCGGAGUAGCAGCAUCAGUGGCUUCACCAACUCUGGUAGCACUCGCGAAGAGUACACGUCUCCCUGCUCUAGCCUUCCGAGUCCCAAUUUCCACGACGGUGAAGACUACGUGAAUAUCCGACAAAUCAAACAGGUCAUGCAAGGAUUGCAAUCGCUGCUCGAAAAACUGGACCCUCAAGAUCUUUCUGAUCCUUCCAAUCGUGUCUCUGCCGAUGGUUCCAGCUGUCCUCACUCUAGAAUCAAUCAUUCCGAGUUCCUGCGGAUGAUUAAAUACGAACUUGAGCGUUAGAGCUUAUUUAGAUCUCCUUAUCUUCUCAUACCCCACAUUUUUAGACUCUUCCUUAACCCCCAAUUCACACUCGUUUGGACUGCCUUUAAUUCUGUCUUGAUUUCCCUUUUGUUCAAUUCCAAUCUUUACAUAUUGCAUCUUUCAUCUACGUUUAAUCGUUUCAUCGAACCUUGUGUUAACUUGAUAUAAGCAUCAAUGGCAUACAUCCUCGUUAUUUAGAACUGCAUUUUUCUUUUUAUUUUCUUGGAUUAUUUUUUUCUUGUUUGGUUUUGGGUUCAGAACUUUGUAAAUAUUUACUGCUUCCAGGUUGUUUGUCAGCUUGCAUCUAUCUGUGGAUAGGACUUCACUCUUUUUCCUUUUUCCCUUGUGCGAUCCAGCGCUUGAUAGCGCAAUCAAAAUUGC